AAACAUAUAAACACAUACCCAUUUCGGUUGAUAACGCAGCAGUCGAUAAGAUAUGCACUUUCAGCUCGAGGCAGUUAUUCAUCAGACGUCUAGUUGCGAACACUUAUGUCUAUUUUAGCCACAGAAUGUGCACCGCAUUUAAAUGUUCUGUUUACAUAGCUGUAUACUGUGUAUACCUUCUGGGCUUGAGUGCCGAAGAGGGCCAGCUACUGCGACGUCAUUAAGAACUGUACGAUGCAGGGAGAAUGCCCGGAUCACGCCAUAUGCACAAGGGUCGUAGACAAUUUCGGCUGCAUCUGCUGGCAGGGAUAUCAUCUGAAUCCCAACUGGUCUGCUAGCGACCUGGACAAUACCGACUGGGAUUAUUGUGUCCGUGAGCCGGCAAACAAGACUGUAAUCGUCCACAAUCGCCUGCCAGCAAAAAGCGAACACCUGGCCGUCGCUAUUCUGCUGGUUUUAUUUGGGGUAAUUGUUGUGACCCUGGUACUUUACUGUUUCGUUGCACUCCGUCCAAUUAGCCGCACUCGUGCUGCUUACCGCCGUAUGCAAUUGAGACGUUCCAAUCAUCGCCGGCUUCAGGAGUUUGAUGAUAUUGACAUGACAUUUCGCGACACACAUACCGCGGAUUGUCUUGAUUGAAUAAAGUUAACGAUAAUGCAUCGAGUGAAAGACUGCAA